AUGCCAUCUAGUGAAGAAAUUGGCACCGACAGGUUUGGUUCAGGGGUUCACAAACGGAGACGAAAUAAAUUCAAGGGUAAACGGGCCGCUCGUGCCUGUGACACAUGUCGGAGGUUAAAGACCCGAUGCAUCCUUUCACCUGUUCCCAAUGAAUUUUAUUGCUUGCGAUGCGAAUCGUUAGGUAUUCGUUGCUCUUUUCAAGACAUGGUAGACCCUGAAAAUGAUGUAGACGGUUCAAACUACGGGCACCAGUAUAAUGAACCUUCGGGACCACAUGAGUCAGAUGCUAAUGCUGUAAAGAUGCUUAUUAAACAUGGCUACGGGUCUCAGGAUGUAGAAAUAACUUCGAAGCUAUUGCAUUCGAUUAAUAAUAAUGUACUGAAAGUCUUGCAUAUAUUAAAGGAAAACGAGGGUGCUCACGAAAUAGACGUACAGCGCAUAUCUCAAAACAACAGAAAGUUUUUGGCGGAUCAGGUUCAGGCACAGGUUUCUGUACCUGAUCUGGCUUCAAACUCCAAUCAGAAUGUGGCACCCGUUGAAGCAGUUAAAAUGCUGGCAUCGCUUUCUGCACCACCACCACGGACUAAUUCUGGGAUGAAUGAGAUGAUUCAAGGAGAGUCAUCAUCGUAUCUUUCAUCGUCUUUAUACCUUACAGAACAACGUCAUACUUUACCAUUCCUAACUAGUCCAUUUACAUUGUUAUCGCAGAUUGUAUCGAAGGAAAAUUUACCAAUAUCGGUGAGAAAGUUAUAUGAUCAUAGUUUCCAAAACUAUGACUUGGAACCCAUCGAUGACAUUAUAUCUUUAAAUCUAAUAACUGUGCAAGAAGCCAUUUGUUUAGUGAGCGACUUUAGAGAUAGAUAUGGCGCUUGGUGUUCAUUACCACCAGCAAUCGAUACAGAGCAGCUGUUAGAUAGUCUGAGGAAAAAAGGGAGUUCUUUACUCAUAGUUACUAUGUGCGUGUUGGCAUUGAGAUAUACACCUACACAAUAUGAUUUGAAGACAAGAGUUUACAAAAACCUGUUAUUCAAGUUGAAAGCAGAUCUCGAAUAUUCAUUGAAAUAUUUACCACAAUCUACAGAAUUUUUGCAAGCUAUUGUCAUUUUGUCAUUAUAUGCGUCAUCAUUUAGUAGUGACAUUUUGUCCAUGGAUGCGUGGUAUAUUUCGGGAAUUGGCUUACAGCAAUAUUUAACUGCAAAUGUUCAUGAUGCAUUACUUGCUGGCUCUCAAAUGGUUUCAAAUAAGUCUUCGAACCCUCAAAAUUCCAAUAACAAUAUUUCACAGCAACCUUUUUUCUUUGGCUUGAAGUAUGACAAUUAUACCAAUCAACAUUCAAGGGAUGACGAAGCGAGAGAUGACGAAGCAUCACUUCUAUCAGGUGAGAGCGAUGAGAAUAAGAGUUUCAUGUCGUUCAGAUUGUGGAACCAUCUAUGUAUGGUACAUAUCACGCAUAGCAUAUAUUCGGGUCGAAUGUGUGUUAUUGAUGAAGUGAGAUUCGACCUCUCUCGUAGAAUCUUAGAGCUUCCAAAUGCGACUAAUUUUGACGGAAGAAUGGUUGGAGAGAUUGCAUUACAUUUGAUUCUCUAUAUCUUUAUGCAAAAAUGCAAUCAAGGUACCAAUAGUUCAUCUUCUGAUUCUAUGGAUGCAUUGGAGAGCGUUCAAGAAGACUUGAAUGACUGGCUAGAGGAGUGGAGCUAUCUGUUCACUCAACCAAUCACACAGUUUUUGGAGUUUGCAUAUCAUUAUGGCUAUACGAUGAUUUGGUAUACGUGGUAUCAUCGCAUAUAUAGACUCAAGAAAGCUGAAGAUGAAACCGGGUGGGACAAGCAACAGAAAGCUGCCUUCAGUAAAAAGGAGCCCUCGGAAAGGAUACAUAUUGGAGAUUACCUAAAUGGUAAAUAUCCAAUUGAAUCAGUCAUCGGUGCAAUGCCAUUGAACAUUCGAAUAGACUUCCUCAAUCACAGUCAUAAGGCAUUGAAAAAUUUAAUAAAAACUGAUUUUGCUACUUUUCAAUAUCUAUCAGAUCAAUUAAUUUUUGCAGGUGUUUUAUGUUCACUUCUAUGUAUUGCCGUUUUGCACAAUGUGAACUCCGUCGGCAACGAAUUAGUGGACACUGAUGCGGUGUUGUCCGAUAUCAAAUCCUUGUCAUUACGAUUGCAACAGAUAAGAAAUGGAGAGUUGAAAAGUUUUUGGGUGGAAGAAGUGGAUCUCAAAAUCCCAAGUGUCAUCUUACAAUAUCACAAGGCCAUUGAAAGCUAUAUGCAGGAGAAAUUUCCUUCAUAG